CCCCCCCCCCCCCCCACCCCGUCUGCUUUCCUGUGCUCGCCCUCCUCCCACACCGCCCCCCUUCUCGCCGCAUCGCCAUCGGCCCCCUCCCAAUGAUCCACUUCCUGCUUGUCCAGAACCGCCAGGGCAAGACCCGUCUCGCCAAGUGGUAUGUCCCCUUCGAUGAUGCGGAGAAGAUCAAGCUGAAGAACGACGUGCAUCGCGUUGUCGCCGCCCGCGACAACAAGUACCAGUCCAACUUUGUUGAGUUCCGCACCCACAAGCUCGUGUACAAGCGCUACGCCGGGCUCUUCUUCUGCCUGUGUGUGGAUUCCGAGGACAACGUCCUCGCCUACCUGGAGGCCAUUCACCUCUUCGUUGAGACCCUGGACCAGUACUUCCAGAAUGUCUCGGAGCUGGACCUGAUCUUCUUCUUCCACAAGGUGUACCACAUCCUGGACGAGCUGAUCCUCAAUGGUGAGCUUUAUGAGACCCAGAAGCAGCUCAUCCUCACGCGCUUCCGGCAUCUGGAGACCCUGGAGUGAGUAUGGGCCCGGCAUUGCCAGCCCCCCCCCCCCC